AUGGCCACCAAAACCCUGGAAUCUCGCUUCGAGCACCUCAGCGUCAACGACGAAAAUGAGGCUCCGACGACAACAGUUCUCAAGUCAAAGAGCGCUGGCCCGGGAAUUUUGCCAACCGUUUCCUCAACUCAGCCCCGGACAAAUCUUGUCAAAUACCCCCUCCAAGUCACAACAGAAUCGAAACAGAACACUGCGUCAAUCACAACAAUCACAACCACAACAACUGUCCCAACCCAUCCACCUUCGCCAGUGCGGGUGGCUCUUCAGGCUGCCCGUGCAUCUGACGAGAGCGAUGACUCGAUACGCAGUAGAUCUACCCCGAAAUAUUUCUUCGAUCAGCCACAAGCGCCCAAACAAUUCCAUCUGGGUAUGUUUGAGAUUGGAAAGCCGCUCGGGAAGGGUAAAUUCGGUCGGGUGUAUCUUGCUCGAGAGAGGUCAUCCGGUUUCGUCUGUGCCCUAAAAGUCCUUCACAAGUCCGAGUUGCAACAAGGCAAAGUGGAGAAGCAAGUCCGACGAGAAAUUGAAAUUCAAUCCAACCUGAGGCAUCCAAAUAUCCUGAGGCUCUUUGGUCAUUUCCAUGACAGCAAACGAGUAUUCCUGAUCCUCGAAUUCGCCGGCAAGGGUGAGCUCUAUAAGCACCUCCGCAAGGAAGGUCGUUUCCCGGAAUGGAAAGCAGCGCAAUAUAUCGCUCAAAUGGCCGCCGCUCUCAAGUAUCUGCACAAAAAGCAUGUCAUGCACAGAGACAUCAAACCUGAAAACAUCCUGGUCGGCAUCCACGGCGAGAUCAAGAUUUCAGACUUUGGCUGGUCAGUCCACGCUCCAAACAACCGCAGACAAACAAUGUGCGGCACAUUGGAUUACCUACCUCCGGAGAUGCUCAAACCGGGUAGCUCCGACAAUUUCUACAAUGAAAAGGUCGAUCUAUGGAGCUUGGGUGUCCUGACAUACGAAUUUCUGGUGGGAGAAGCCCCCUUUGAGGACACAACAGUCAUGACACAGCGAAGGAUUGCACGGUGUGACAUGACGGUUCCCAGCUUCGUCAGUCCCGAAGCCAAGGACCUCAUUAUGCGACUUCUGGUGCUUGAUCCCGAAAAACGGAUUCCGCUUGACGAUGUCCUCCGGCAUCCAUGGGUCGUAAAGCACUGCGUGACAAAGGGUGGCGAACGAGGUUUCCAGAGAGCGUCCGGUAACAGCAAGGACAGAGACUCGAGCUCUGAUUCCUGA